AUGCCUUAUUUCCCAAUGGGUACGGGAGUCGACUCGGAUUCCAAGGCCGCCAUGGCCCCAUCGUCGCCCUCUACCCAGUUGAAACGAAACCGGCGAAAGCGAUACCUCGACAGCCAUCCAGAGUACUUUUCUGCUGAUCUCGAGCUCGCCGACCCGUUACUCUACGACCGUCUCAUUCGCCGCUUCCAGACCCCGGCCGAGAGAGAGGCGGAAGGCCGGGCCAAAGGGUUCUCUGGUGUGCUCCAAGCCGACAUCAAUCGCUCUGAGGCCAAGCUUGAAGCGCUCGCCCACCCCGAUCCUCACUCCAUGUUCAGCUAUACUCGCGGCCCUAAUGGGGAGAUCCUCGCGGAAGACAGAGACGAAAUCCCAACUAGCAAGGAAGAAGGAGAGAAACAGUGGCGAUGGGAGAUGACACUCCGAUUUCUGAGGGGAGAAGAUACGGACUUUGAUUAUGCCACCGUUGAUGAGAACGACGAGUACGACGAUUGGAACGAAGAGCAAGAGAAGUAUUUCGACGACGAAGAGCCAGAAUGGGUUGUCGAGGGGACGGACAGCGGCGAUGUUACGUCGCGUCUCCAGGGCGAAACUGGCAUCCAGGACUUUUAG